GAUUGCGGUGCAUCCAAUCUGAGAGAGCAGUUCUCAUCGAUCCACUGACGAGGAUUCCUCAGUGAAAACAAGAUGGAAACGGGAAAAUUUUUCGUGAUUUUGGGCGGAAUUAUCUGUCUCUUCUUUAUUGUGCCCCUCCGCAGGAGUCCACCAUACUCAAUACAGGGACAAUUUGAACGUUUUGUGUCCGACUUUGAUCGUCCUUAUCGCUACCAUCCGGAAGCUUAUGAGAAUCGCUUCUUGGUCUUUGAGAAAUCAAUGGUGAGAUUGAAAACAAUGAAUGAAAGCCACUGGAAAAAUCCCAAUUUAGCCAAAUACGGCGUAACAAACUUCACUGAUCUCACAAUUGAGGAGUUUCAAAGGAAUCACUUGGGCUACCGCAGACAAAAACUCAUCAAUCUCUCGGAAAAAUCCUCAUUUGGCACUCAACGCGAAAAUCUACCCAAGUCCAUCGAUUGGCGAUCGAAGAAUUAUGUGACUAAAGUUAAAAAUCAGGGCGCUUGUGGAGCAUGUUGGGCUUACAGUGUCCUCGGCGUUGUGGAGACAAUGGUGGCCAAGCGUAGGCAGAGGAGAGCUCAAGAUUUGAGUAUUCAGCAAAUCUUUGACUGCUUCGACACCCAAUACUUCGGAUGUCACGGUGGGGAUUUUGUGGAGCUUCUUCAGUGGACAAUCGACGAAAAAAUUCCCCUUAUUAGGCAAGACACAUACAACAGUAAAUCUUCCCAAAAUUGCACUUUCUCAACAAUAAAAGGAGUGAAAAUAAAGGAUUUCACCUGCCGAAAUUUCCUAGACAAUGAGGAUGAGAUCCUCUACUUAUUGGCCACUCACGGACCUCUCGUGGCCGCCAUCAAUGGACUCACAUGGCAAAACUACCUUGGCGGCAUCAUUCAGCACAAUUGCGACGGAGAUCUCCUUCAUCUCAACCACGUAGUUGAGAUUGUGGGCUAUAAUCUCUCUCAUGACACACCUCACUAUAUCGUACGCAAUUCCUGGGGUAGGAAUUUCGGCGAAGACGGCUACGUUAGAAUAGCAAUUGGGAAGAAUUUGUGCGGCAUUGCCCAACGAGUGGCAGCAAUUGACAUUGAGAAUAGCGAUGAAUAAAGUGAUUUCCGGGACUCACCUGAUGAUAGCACACAGCAUAG